AUGGCCGCCCCAACGUCCGACCUCUGCCGAUAUAGAUUCACAAUCCUGCCCGAGUACUUUGUGGACUACUACAAGAUCGCCGAUGCCAGUCCAAACGGGAAAGCAACCACGCAGCCAAGUCUUGGACUCCUCGACAAGACCUUCGGCGACGCGGCUACUGAUGGUGACGGCGACGUAGCAAUGGCCGAGGGUGGUAGUGGUGGUGCCAGGCCCUGGGAGCGAUUCGCCUCUCAUGUGAGGAGGCUUAACGCUGAGAGCCCCGACGGUGUGGACUACAAGGUCUUGUACCUGACGAGGCAUGGCCUCGGAUACCACAACGUCCAAGCAGCAAAGGUUGGGACGGCUGAGUGGGAUAGAUACUGGUCCCACCUCGACGGAGACGGCGUCGUGACAUGGCUCGACGCAGAGCUCGUCGACACAGGCAUCCAGCAAGCAAAAGACCUAAGCACCUUCUGGGCGCGCGCAACCUCCACCUCCACCACCGCCGAGGGAGAAGGCGAAGGCGACGGCGUCCCCUUCCCGGAAUCCUUCUACACCAGCCCCCUCCGCCGGUGCCUCGAAACGAGCAACCUCGCCUUUGGGCCCCUCGUCGAAGCCAAAGGGGGCCGGGAAUUCCGACCCCUCAUCAAGGAAGGGCUGAGAGAGCGCAUGACGGACCACACGUGCGACAAGCGGAGUCCGCGGCGCUGGAUCGAGGGCGCGUAUCCGCGGUAUCGUUUCGAGCCUGGGUUCACGGAGGAGGAUCGGCUUUGGAGGGCUGAUCGGUUUGAGACGACGGAGGAGCAUGUCGCGAGGAAGCAGGCGGUGCUGGAGGAGAUUUUCGCGACGGAUCCGGCCAUGUUUGUGUCGUUGACUGUGCAUUCGUAUGCUAUUUCGGCGAUAUUGAGGGUGGGUGGGCAGGAAGAGUUUAGGGUGAGGGAGGGGUCUUCUAUUGCUUUGUUGGUUCGUGGGGAUAGAGUAGGUGAGUAG